CGUGCGCAGCUGGUACCACAUGCCCUGUCGUUGUGUGACAAGCCCUGUUGGACGGAGAUAACAUUCAAAGGCUUCGACCACGGCGACAGUAUAUAAGCACCAAUUCAGCGGGGAAGAGAGCAUUCGCUGCAGACAGGAUUCACUGAGCCUACUCAGCAGCCACCGCAAACUUCCACCCACCAUGAAGACCAUUGCUGUCCUCGCUACCCUCCUCGCCCUCGCAAGUGCAGGCUACCUCGGAGGCUACGGCGGACUCGGAUACGGGGGUGGUCUCGGCUACGGCGGCUACGGCGGCUACGGCGGCUACGGCUUGGGUUACGGUGGCUAUGGCUUGGGUUACGGCGGCUACGGCGGCUACGGAGGCUACGGCGGCUACGGAGGCUACGGCGGCUACGGCGGCUACGGUGGCUACGGCGGCUAUGGUGGCUACGGCGGCUACGGUGGAUAUGGUGGCUAUGGUCUAGGCUACGGCUACAAGGGCUGAUGACGGAAGAAAGGGGAGUGACUGAAAGGAUGAACGUUCAGGUGCUUGCUACGACAUCGCACGAAAAUGCCAAUGAUUCCAGGGAGGCUAUCAGACGGGUAAUAAAGUUGCCGAAACACGUGAA